CGCGUGCGCCAACCAAGCCGAACGGCAUCCGUCUAGAUAGCAAAGUGCACUAGCCCAACUUGGUACAGGUUUUUGGUGUUCAUUUGAAUUUUUAUGUUUUCCUUCGGUGAUGCUUUCGAUACAAAUGAUUCUCAUUUCACAUUUGAAGUUUUGCGAGGGUCGAGUGCAGGAUAUCAUAAAUUUAAAUGGUUUAUUCGGCUUUGAAUGAAAACAUCGUUACGAUUGAUCAAGACGCCGGAAUAUAUCCAGACAAGCUGGAGCAGUAUCAGCAUCGAGAUGAGGAGAAAAAAGAAAUAUUCGUCAAUCACAUACCAUCGAUAUGGUUAUCGAAACGAUUUUACACCACGGCUGUGAUAUUUCUAUGCUAUAUGAAUUUGGGCAUGAUUAUAUCGAACAUAAAUAUCGCCGUUGUCGAGAUGACUUCUCCCAAAAACAUAAGUGUGGGGAAUAUUACAAUAACCAAACCAGCUGAAUUCCAAUGGGAUCCAUCAACCGUUGGUAUUGUUUCCAGCAUCAUCUCAUACGGAGGUUUAUUCUCAAUCGGCGGUGGAUAUUUUGUAAAUAAACUAGGAGGUUCCGUGAGCGGCGCAGUCGUCCUUAUGAUUUGUGGAGUCUUGACUUUACUCCAACCAUCCACCUUGUACAUGGAUUACCGGAUAUUUUUGUCCUUUCGACUGCUGACUGGAUUUUUUGCGAACUGUUUCUUCAUUAGCAGCGCCGAAAUAUUCUCACGAUGGUUUCCAAGGAGAGAACGAUCUACCCUGAUAUCUUUCUGCAGCAACGGCGGCAACGUAGGCAUGACCGUAAUGUAUCCUUUAUUCGGAUUAAUAGCUGAUCGACUAGGAUGGCAAAUGGUAUUUUACACUUCAGGCUUUAUAUCUUUGGCUAUUGGUUGGCUUUGUCUGACUGUCGUUACAAAUCUACCUUCUCAAGACAAAUGGAUUAGCCAAGAAGAACUCACUUAUAUUCUCAAUGAAACUUAUGACGAUUCACGGAAACGUUAUCAAACUUCUCAUCCAUACAAGAAAAUUCUCUUAUCACCGGCAGUAUGGGCCAUAUGUUUGGGUGAUUCUACGAUGUUAUGGGUACAAACUAUUGUUAGUGGAUGUUUACCUUUAUAUGCCAAAGAUUCGACGGGUAGGAGUACUGAUGAAAUAGGCAUGCUUUCUUCAGUUCCUGUGGCUGUGACGAUUAUUCUGUAUCCACUUUCGGGUACCAUAAUUGACUAUUGGAAAAACCAUCAUACUCACGUCAAACCAACCCGAAUGGAUAAAACGAUAAUCGGUUCUGCGUUCCUGUCCAUGAGCCUUUUUUUUCUGGGGUGCGCAAUUUUCUCAAAUUUCACGAUCUCUAUGGUGUUUUUUGUUACAAUUCAGAUCACCAAAUCUAUCGUACAACCAGUUCUCGAACCAAACGUAGUCAAUAUCGCUCCGAAUGACUCCAGCAUUGUUGCCGGAUUGACCAAACUUUGUUCUUGCAGCAGUACAAUUAUUUCCAGAACAUUAACCGGUUUCAUGACAAUUAAUCAUACCACUCAAGAAUGGAACAACUGCUUUCUUUUGGCAGCCGGUGUGUUAAUUAUCGGCGCUGUGACAUUCGUUAAAUACGGAUCUAGUGAGCCACAAACGUGGUCUUUAUCGUCGAAUACCAAAGAAAAAGAACAAUUAGUAGAAGACGAGUCCCGUUAUCUGUUGGGCCCUAAUCAUCAAAAAUAAUUUUAAACCAAUAAUUACCCACCAUUAGCCUUAUACUUAGCAUAAGCAUUUAUACAGUUCCUUUCGUUUUCGAAUAAAAAGUACAAUUUUGUUAUCGUAUAAUAA